AUGUAAGCAGUCUCUGAGUCAAUUAUAAGAAAAGAAUACGAAAGAAAAGUGAAUGAAUGCAUAGAAAAUUCGUAAUAAGCAAUAGAAGUAUAUAUAUUAUUUUAUAAAUGUAAAUAGAACUCAUUUAAGAAUAUUGAUGCCAUACUUGAUGAACUUCUUAAUAAUGAGUGUAAUUGGAUUAAUGUAAUAACAUCUUAAAAAUAAUAAUAAUAAGAAUUACCAAAUGUCAAUUCAAAUAUUUUACAUAAAUUUUAAGAUGACAAUUUCCAAAAAUAAAUCUGUGAAGAAGUGACAUCUUUAAUCAAAAUUAAUAUUCAACAUCAAGUUUAAAAGAAAGAAGAAUAAUAUCAAGAAUUAAUUAAACAAAAUUAAACAUAAUUGGAACAUUAAAUCAAAUAAAAUGAUUCUUAGAUUAAUUCAUAAACUAUUGAAUAAUCAUCCGCACUUGUAGCUACUCAAUCAAAUCUCAAACCAUUUACUUAUUAAUUAAUUAAACAAAAUUCAAUUAAAUUAGAUUAAUGGUGUUAUGCAAUUGCUGUUAAUAAAGAUUGUUCAAUAUUAAUUGCUGGAUGUAAUAGUUAAAUUAAAGUAUUUGAAUUUAUAUAAGGAAUCUUAAGAUAAGUUUAAAUAUUAAGUGAACAUGGGAGUUCUGUACAUACUUUAAAUUUCAUGUAGAGAUCAGAUAUUUUAUAUCUGGUAGUUAAGAUAGUUCAAUGAUAAUAUGGGCAAGAAAUUAAAAUAAUUCAUGGAUUUGCCAAUAGAUAUUGAAUGGACAUACUUAUAGUAUCUAUUGUUUGUUAUUAAAUAAUAAUGAAGAUUAUAUUGUAUCUGGCAGUUAGGAUUCUAAGAUUAAAUUCUGGUAGAAGUAAAAUGGAUAGUUGUGCUCUUAGACAAUAACACAUCAUACAAAUCCUGUAUUGGGAUUAAGUUUCCAUGAAUAAUAGAAUAUAUUGAUAUCUUGUGGACAAGAUAAUUGUAUAUUAAUAAUUAACAACCAGAAUUGAAUAAAUAAUGGAUUGUAAUAUAAAAGAUUACAGUAGAACAGUUAGGAUAUAGAUUAUGCUUUAUUGAUAAUAAUACAUUCACAUUUUAUCCUAAUAGUAGAUAGUACAUAAAUGUUUUUGAGAUGAAUAAUACUAAUAAAUAGUAUACUAAAAUAAAGGAUAUUCCUGUAAAAAGUGGUAUUGAUAAUUUUUUCUUUGCUUCAUAAUAUUUAAAAUCAAAAUGUAGGCUUGUCAAUAAGAAUGGUUCAAAUGUAAGUUUAAUAAGGAAGAAAUAAAAUGGAGAGUUUAUGAUUGAGGAAUCUAUUGAGUUUGGAACAUAUUAUAUUUUUGGGUAGAUGACUGAUGAUGGACAGUAUUUGAUUACUUGGGAUAUUCAAUCAAAAGAAAUUCAGAUCAGAAAAUAUCAGGAAAAAUGA